AUGGAGGACAAAACGGUAACAGUCAUAUCGCCACUAGAUUUCGUUGCUGGAUGCAUAGGAGGAGGCGCCGGUGUUCUCUCUGGACAUCCACUUGAUACGGUCAAAGUCAGGCUACAAACUGAACCGAAAAAGUACAAAAACACCCUAUUCACACUACGAACAAUCAUACGAGAAGAGAAAGCUAUUGGGCUCUUCAAGGGAAUGUCUUCACCACUGUUGGGUGCUGGUGUCAUCAAUGCUGUUCUAUUUGGUGUUUAUGGGACUUCACUAAGAGCAAUGUCGUCAACUCCUACUCAUCCACAUUUAUCACAUAUCUUUUGGGCUGGUUGUAUAUCCGGAUUUGUGAAUUCUUUCAUAUCAUGCCCAAUGGAGUUAGUGAAAAUACGGCUUCAGAACCAAGUCGACAAGAUUAGCUAUGCUGGACCACUGGAUUGUAUAAAGCAAAUAUGGAAAGCUGAAGGCAUGAGAGGAUUUUAUAGGGGGAUGGGCUCAACGCUGUGGAGAGAGACGCCGUCAUAUGGAGUUUACUUUGCGUCUUAUGAAUUCAUGGUACGCAUGGCUGGUGCUGAUGGUCCAGGCAUAUCUGUCGUUCCCUUGUUAAUGUCUGGUGGAAUUGCUGGAGUCUUAGCCUGGUUUGUGACUUAUCCAUUUGACAGACUGAAGACACUUGAACAAUCGUCGCCCACUGGAUCAAUGCCAAGACCCAAAUCAAUGAUGGAUGGAUUCAGAGGAAUAAUAAAGCAGGAAGGUGUCAGAGGGCUUUUCGCUGGGUUCGCGCCCACGGCCAUCCGAGGAUUUGUAACGAAUGCUGCUAUAUUCCUGGCGGUGGAAGCAACAGUGCACUUUUUUGGUCCUGAUAUACAAGAAGACAAGAACAAAGAAAUCAAGGGCGUGUUUGAAUCAGCUGGCAAAGCGUGA